CGCGUAUUUUCAAUAACAUAGAAACGUGUAAACAUUAUGAGUUUAAGUCUUAAAGGUUCCCAAAUAAGUCCAUGCAAGUCAGCAGUUAGCAGUAGUCGUUCGACCACAAGAAUAUAUAAUGACAACUCUCGAAAAAGAAAUGUGACAGAAAUUAUUAAAAGCAAUAAAAAUCCUUUUCGAGGCCCAGAAGUUUCUUCUAGUACUUCAGAACCAUUGGUUGAACAGAAGUUGGAAUCCCCUGACAAUUUAAUUACUAACGACGAUGAAAACCCGCUCAUCGAUUUCAAUAACACAAUUCACACCGAUUCCUUAACAUUUAGAAGAGACAAAUGUAGUUCGUGGUCGAGUAACUCAAAUGAUAAAAGUGUUUCAAGAUGGCUUGAAACACAUUUUCAUGACCAAAACGAUAGUGAUUUUAUAUUGGACGGUCAACAUGACAGUCACAUAUUGAUACCAUGUUCAGACAAAAGAGGUGAGGACUUCAAAUGUGGACAAAAUUUGGACACGAUAGGGGAUAGUUUAGACUUGAAUAUAAAUCCAAGAUUAGGAAAUAUCUGUAUGGAUUUGAUCGAAGUUUCAGGUGAUGAUGGUGAUUUACAAUACACAGAUAUCAAUGAGGAAACAAAUACUCCACCUCCAUGUUUAGUCAGACCUUCAUCUAAUUCAAUCAACACUGCACGCCAGAUAAGUGGUUUCGAUGAUGAAUUAAAACUGAUAAUCUCAACUUCGCAUGAUGACAAUCGACGUAAUUCCGCAGCGACUGUUAUACAAAAGUUUUGGAGACGUCAUAGAAGAAGAUGUUUAGCAGCGGAAGCCGUAAUGUAUCGUCUGCUUGACAAUCAAAAACGCAGAUUAAAUAAACAAAACAUGAAUAAUGGACGACCCAUUCAUUCAGUUCUACAAAGUCGUCAAAAUGAGUUAAAACAGAAAAGGAAACAACAACACCAAAAUGCUAUUAAAAUUUUGCAGGAGAAUCGAUCCUCUAAAAGUUCACAAAGUCAAGAAACUUUAGAGGAUAAGGCAGAAGUAAAUGAUGUGUUUGAAUCAAUUCUUGUAUCUGGUAACCGAAAGGACCGUACAAAUGAAGACAAAUCAAACAUUUUGAAUAAGCCUAUAUUUACUACCAAUGCUAAUCAAUGUAAAACUUACAGCUCUGAUAUUCAUAUUACCACAACUACAGAACAAAAUGUACACAAUGAAAUUGAACAAGUCUGUAGGGAGAACAGCAGUCUCUGUCAGACUGAGUUUUGCGGUCUACGGAAAGAUGGAAAUAACAGGGCACUUGGUCAACAAAAAAAUGUAUCUGGGGAAAAGAAUAUGUCAGCUGUAGAUAACAUACUUCAGGAAUUAAAACAGCUAGAAAGUGUGGAAUUCUUAAAUUAUUGCCCGACGAAUGAUCAAUGUAAUGAUGUCUCAAAACAGGUUUCCUUGCAGAAGUGUCCCAUUCCAACUACAUGGUCUGAAAUGGUCAAGGAUAUUAGUCGUGUCCUAUCUGAGGCUGAACAAGAUGAAGUGCAUUCAGUCAACUUCAGGAAGUAUGGUAGUGUUCAACGAUCUACAGGCUUAAAAGGUGUUCGAAAUCGAUCUGAUUCUACAUUAUCCAAUUAUUCUUCACUUGGUCAGUCAAAUUGGUCUGGUGCAUCUACAAUAACUACAAACAGACAUACGUUCCUGAGUGAAGAGAAUUUGCAUUCACAUACCAAACAUAUGGAACGGGUUUGUUCACGGCAAAAGGCCCAAAAAGAACUGGAUCAAUCUAUAUCUCAAUGUCGAGAAAAAUUGACUACUUUCAUCCAGUCAAAUCAUAAUAAUGUAUGUCAUAAUCUUCCAGAACCAAAUGGCGGUGAUACUGGUACUAAUCAACACACAAAGUAUUCUAAGAGUCGAAACUCUGCUACAUCACAAAGACCAUCUUCUGUAAAAAAUCAAACAACUUCUAAAUCUUUACAAUGUAACUGCUUUAAGAGCCCUAUGAAUCUAUCAAAUGCUCAUUUGCUGUAUACAAAUUCUGUUGAAACAAAAGCUGAAAAUAAAUUGUCUUACAAAAGUCAUAUGGGGCGUAGUACACAAAAUCUUUAUGAUAGUGUAUCACUGAAGGACGGAAUGAAGCAGAUAAUUCAAAGCGACGAUGGACGUAUCACUACUGACAAUGAAUGUUUGAUGUUGGAACUUGAAGAGAAAAAAGGUCAAAUAAAACGCUUACAGAGGAUUAUAGAGCAUCAAAGAGAACUGUUUUUAAGGCAGUCGGAAGACACACAGCGAGAUGGUGAUCGAAGAAUAGAAUCAAUUAAAGCUGAUUAUGAAUGUACAAUAAACCGAAAUUAUAAACUAAUUGAUGAACUAAUUGAAGAGAAAAAAGUACUUCAUACAAAAUGUGAAGAAUUUUUAGAAGAACUAAAGACAGUGACAAAGAAAACGAACGAAAAAAUCAAAGCACUUGAAGAAAGACACAAAGUCGAGAUGCGAAAAGUAGAGGCCAAACAUUUAGCUGCGGAAAAGCUGCGCCGGGAAAAGUGGGAGACAGAAAAAGCAAAACAUUUUAAAGUGAGUAGUUUUUUGUAUGGCCUUUAUUGCAUUUAUCUGCCAAUAUACAUCGCGUUAUGUUACAUUACCUACAAUAUUAUAGAAGUAUUUCACAGUAAUGUUUUAAGUGUAUGGAAAGCGGUUAGAGAUAGCAUUCAUUGUGAAUGUGUUAGAGUAAUGCUGACGCGUGUUUACUGAUGAUGAUUGAGUGUUCUUUAAAUCUUGGUAUCUGAUCAUUAAAAGGUCCUAUUAAUACUCCAGAUAACUGUUCACUUCAUUUCAGAAGCAUACAAAGAGGGAAGUCUGUAGAAUAUAACCUGUAUACAAUUUGAUAUGGUGCUUUAAGUCUGUGUGGAUUAGAUGCAAAGGGUCUUUCAUGUGUUCGAAUAAAAUAAGCAGUUAUUUUUUAUUGACAGUUAUCAUAUACUUUUUUAAAGAAAUAGGUCAUUUAAAGUAGUUGCUCGUUUUCUUCAUUUUCCCUUAUUCUACAUAUGAUCAGUGUUUUAUAAGGACUAUUUAACUAAGAAAUCCAAGAUAUCAGGGAAUUUUAGUUAAACUUUAUUAUCUAUUCACAUUUGCAGUACUGACAAGUUAUUCAAUGGCUAUCCAUAUUGGUGCUAAAAAUUUGAUAUUGGAUAUGAUUAUAAAGUAAUUGAAUGUAUUUAUGUUUAGUUAUGCAUAAAAAGAAAUUAAAAAAUGGAUAUCCUGAUUCACGACACUGAGGUGGUCGGAAAUCACUUAAUAAAAAUUCCAAACGCUUUAUAGUAGCUGAUACUAUAUCAAACCUAAAUACGAUAUUCUAGCUUCUCAACAGACUAAUUUAUUCAUUCUUCUUAAACUACAUUUUGACCUUGUCACUUAUUCGGUUAUUAACCCUGACCGUUUAUAUAUGGUCGUACGUGUGCCAAUUACUUAUCCUAUUUAUUAAGUGUCUGUAACAUAUUUUUGUCUGAAUAUAAAUAUUGAUCAAUACGAGUUAGUUAAUUCGCCUUAUCCACUGAGUGUCAUUUCGUUUUGCUUCGCUCUCUCCUCUACGCUUCCUUCUCUUAGUUUUGCGAUUGUUUGUUCAGAUCAAUGAGUGUACAAAAUAUACGUAUUCAAACUCCAUUCUCGCAUUUGACUUAUUUAAUUCCGUUCUUCAUCAACGCGAUAUGAGUCGAUAAUUGUAUAUGAAGACUAUAUAUGAAUAUUUUCGAUAACAACCAUCAUACGAUCCAGUUGGAGUCAUAUGAUGAGCCGCUAAAAAUCUACAUCUUACAAGCCAAAUUUAGUUUGUAUUUUGGUUUAAUUUUCGAGACACCCGGGUGGACGUGUUUUAUUUCUUACCGGAAAAUAAUUCCUUAGAUCAUUUUAUUCACUUUUUAAUCAAACUGAAUACAUAUUCAUAAAUGUUCGUGUUUCAUUCAGGAAGUGGGGGAUAACUUUAUGAAACGUCCACUGAUACAAUAGAACUUUUAUCAUGGAGAUAGUUUACUUACACAAGUGUCUAUGGAGUUAAUUUGUAAAUGAUUUGCAUUUUGUUACUAUUCACAACAUAGACUAUAAAGGACAAGUGAUGAACAGAAUCAAAUGAGAAUUUGAGCAUAAUUGAAUUCGCUCAUAUUUUAUAUAAGAAAAAGGGUCAUAUCUUGAUAUUUUCCUGUAUUAAUUUCAUUUUGGUUUAAUAGGAAGUUACUAUUCGUGGGAUGGAAAAUGAAGUAGCCCAAAUGAUCGCAAAUCACAAGGCUGAAAUGGCAAGUUUGCGUCAGUCAUGCGCUCAACAAAUUCAAGCAGCUGAUGUACGCGCCUAUCAAGCUUAUAUGGGUCACAUUGAAGAACUAAAACAGACGUUGAUAAAAGAAAAAGAUGAAGCCUGCUGUAGAGAAAGAGAACUUGUUGAACAACGGUAGUUAGAUAGCCUUUUUGUAAUUACUAAUACUUUCUUAUUGAAGUCGCAAAUCGAACAAAGUUAGACAACCAUUAAAAACCUGGAAUUAAUGGACGGCCAUUUUGUGAAUGUGUAUUAGAAACUCAUUUUAAGCAAGAACUAUAACUAUAACUGCCGAUUUUUUUUAUGUGAAUUAUGUGAUCUUUUGUGAGACAAAUUUAAAAAGCUGAGAUUUCCAAAUUUUUUUACCUAAAAAGGAUGUUUUAAUAAGUAGCAAACUGCGAUCAUAAGAUUAUUAUUUUGGUAUACCUUCAGAUGGGUUUUGGUAUAGUUAGAAUAUGAUAUGGACUCUCAAGCUCCUUUCAUGACUAAUUCAUUUCCGCUACUGUAAUCGCCUUUGAACUAUCAGACUCAAGGUUCUCAAUCAACGAUUACUGGCAUUUGAUGACACCAAACCAGAAAGUCUGUAUUCUGAGAAUUCAUUUGAUGGAAUUGGUCAGGAAGUUGAUAAGCUAGUAGUUUUCGACCGAGUUAUAGUAUACAAUUUGUAGAAUAUUACUGCCUACAGAGCCGGAGGGUUUCAGCAUUAUUGACAUGCAGUUUUGCUUGGAGAUUUAUUUGCUCAUUUGUAUCAUUCAAUCUGGAACUCAUUCUAUACCUAUAGAUCUUUCAUGAGUUUUAGUCACGAGACAAGUGCAAGAUAUUUCAUUCUUUAUUAGUUAGCUAUCUGUUAUGAACUGUCUGAUGAUACAUAACCGCCUGAAUUAUGUUAGCCUAAGUUUACUUUAAGAAGAUAUAAUGAUUUGUUAAUUUUGUCCACGUUACAGUACUCUCUUCAUAGGUGCAGCUGGAUGAUGAGAUCGUUUUUAUCAAUUUUAUCGGUAACCCUAUUCAGUUAAAUUAAUCUACGAAAGUUUUCGAUAGCGUUGUUUGUCAGGUUAUUCAUUGUAAUAGCUCAAUCUCUUAUUGCUUCUAACACUAUGGUGUUAUUCCGAUUUCGACUCCAUUUUUAUCAGUACGUAACAAUGAACUAAAACGAGGCUGUGAGACCAUUUUCAGCCAACCUAUAUCUUCUUUAAGCACGUAUCCAUUAUCAGUAAUGGUUUAACUUAAACAGUAAAAUUACUUAGUCAUCUUUAUUAGUUUCUUUCUUUAUGUUAUUAGGUUUAUAAAUACUGUUCCGCAUAGGAAGAUUUACUCAUCUUAAAGAUUUUAAAAUACAGAAUUUUGCUUAAUUGUAGAUUAAAUCAAACUUUAGCAGAAGAACGUAAUUCUUUGGAAGCUCAUAGACGUAGAUUGUUAGAUGAGAUUUCUGAUGAACGUGAAAGAUUGGCAUUGACUGCAUCUAAACAAAGGGCUGAAAUGGAUACUCUUAGGAACAAUUUAGAAGUUGCCUUGACACAAGCUAACGAACAACAUAAAAUGGAAAUUGAACAAUUAAGGGCGGAUUUGAUUCAAAGACAUAAGGAUGAAAUAGCUGAGUUGAAUCAACGUAAUUUGGCUGAACGUACAGCAUGGGAAGAACAUACUAAGUCAUUGUUGGAAUCCCAGUAUACUUCUAGAGAGACUAUACUGAAGGAACAGCUCAAGAAAGAACGAGAUCGCUUGUUAGAAUCUGCAGUUCAACGUCUUGAAGCUGAAGCAAAUGAAGCAAGGUUAGAAACUGAUCGUCAAGCAGAACUGAAGGUGAAGUAAGUUCACAUUUUUGAACCACUUCAAUUUACUUCCUCUUUAAUUCAGACGUGUACGUGAAAAAUUCCAAGCUGAAAUAGAGGAACUUGAAAGAUCAGAGAGACAAGCAAUGGAGAAAUAUUGUCUGAUGAAGGUCUGUAAAAUGUUUGCACUCUAAAAUCUGUGAUUAUUAUUGGUUUAUUUGAAACCUGUUGAUGAAUUAGAAAGUUACGUUCACCGACUGAUAAAUAUCCGUAUACUUUUAAACCAGAUACAUUUUAUUUGUGAACUUUAACUUUUCAGUUCGAUAAAGAAUUCAACUCAUUGUUGGAUGCAAAGAAUUUUGUAACCAAAGACUACUGUCCAUAUUAGCAAACUACUUGCAACAGUAUUUUAUAAAUACAUUACAGUAAACAUUUAUCUCUUGUAUUCACUCUUUAUAGACUCAAUUUUUAGAUAAAGAGCAUGAAGCAGAUAGACUUCGGUCACAGUUGACGCAGAAAGAUCAGGAGUUUGCUGAAGUUCGCUUAUUAUACGAAAAACUUAAUCAAGAACGCCAAAACAUUUCAGAUGUAAUACGUCAGGAAUUUGCUGAUCGCCUUGUUUAUGUGGAAGAAGAAAAUAGGUCGAUGAAACGUGAGUUAGCCGAACUGAAGGCCCGUUUAAAGGCUGAACAAGAAAGACAUGAAAAAGAAAUUGAUGCUAUUAAGAAAUUGAACAACUCAGAAAUAGAAACAGUUCACCUAAAGUAAUGGCAAACUUUGAUUUUGAGUUUCCUUGUUUGUUUUUUCCAUUUUUUAUAGCCCAAUUAUUUCAUGUCAUUCAUGAGACCUGAUAUUAGAUGCUUGGAAAAGUCCUAACAAGGUGCUGUACUAUAAACUUCGGUGAUGAGUUAGUAGUAGCUUUUAAUCUGCAGCACUUAUAACUGAGGAACAUUGGAUUUUAAAUUUUAUAUUUUUGUUAGGUUCCAACUUUGCAUGAAAAGUGAAAAUAUUUGUAUUUGCAUUUUCUCGUUGUUGGUAUAAAGGACACCUACAGGUCAAAUUCUCUUAAGAUGUGUGCACCUUGAGGGGGCUGCCUCGAUAUUACCUUUGUCUCAGAAUUUAGUAUGUUUGGUUGCAUAUUUGACCUAUUACUUGGAUUUAUUUACAUUAAUAAUGGGAUAAUACAAACUCCUAAAAAUGAAUUCAUAUAUGUUGAACUGGGUUAAUUGAAUUCAGUAGCUUAUUGGACAAGCCUUUGAAAUUUAAAGCAAUACAUACUGGGUUUGAGUCCUAGUCUGAACAUCCAGGCUGGGAUGCAAGUAAAUCCUAAUGGCGAACCCCAAAUAGGACGAAACGCGCAGCUUGGAUUUCACUGCAGCCUACAACUCAAAAAGUGAAAAUAGUUUACUCAAUGAGAUUAAACUGUUAGAAGUAAAACGUUCUUGUUUUUUAUCUAAAAUAAUACAACCAAUUGUUUUGCAAACUGUGCACUGCCAAUUGUUUUGAGUAUACCUUGCAUUUAUAACUAUGUGUUUGUAAAGCGGUUGGAACUCAAUGUUCCACAUGGAAUGUAGUUUUAAAAGUGAACAACAAAAACUGUAUCCGUAAAACAGACAAAAUUUUCCUUCUUACCCUUUAUAGAAUUAAAGAGAUCAUUAAAAAGAAAGAGGAAAAAUUCGCCAUAUUGCGAGAAAGCUUUCAAAAUGAACUUGAGAAGAAGGAUCGUGAAUUGGACGCAGCCAAUCAGAGAGCUCAACAUUUGGAAGAGUUGAUAGACCAUCAAAGCAAACAGUUUCUACAAGCCAAUCACUAAUACUUUUUAAUAAAAAGUAUUCUGAAAAUGUUUCAUUUGAAAAUACUCAAUCGUUGCUUAAUUAUCUCUACCAUGGCAACCUUGUCUACCAAGUUUUUUAAAUUAAAAACUGCUGCAUGCUAUAGGUUUUUGAUUAUAGCAUUCUACGUUAUUUCUAGAACAAAAAAUCAUUCUAAUAAGCCUACCGACCAAAAUAUUUUAACUCGAAAAUUG